AUGCAGCUGGAGGAGUCAUCUGAUGGGGAGGCAGAUUUGUCGUCAUCAGAGUCGUCGUCUUCGGAGGAGUCCGCUGGUAGCGAUUUGAGUGCCCCACUUGUGGUGAAGUCUCGCCAUGUGGUGGUACACACAGACGAAGACAGGCCCACUCAUUUAUCUAAGAACUGUAUUCGCCGCGGAUUCGACGAUACACGUACCCAAGGGACAUUGUCCUGUAAGCGUAAGAGAGGCGCAGAUGCUGAAGUUUCUUCAACGCUGUACAUCACGAACAUUAUUCAAAAGCAAAACAGGAAACUAGAAGAGGCCGUGAAGCGCUUUCGAAAGGAUAGUGCAGAUGCUCGCAAGGAACACCAUGCGUUUUUGAUGCAGAAGAUUCAAGACAGCUUUCCCGUUGACACCGGUAACGGCUCCUACUUGGAGCGAGUUGCUGACCGACAGGGCCAGACCCUGGUGGAGAUCUUCCAAAGAUUGCAACAGCAACGUGACGCUGAGAAGGCGAAAGACGACAAGCUGAUGCGCCAGUUAUUCGGUCAAAGUGGUCUAGCUUGA